AGAAGGUUCCCCGAUGAGUGUAUAGUAAAAAAGUCUGGCGCAGUUAUGGAGCCAGCCUGGCGUCAGCAAGGCAAAGGGAGGGGCCGGGUUCGGGGUAGGGGCCAAACCCAACCGGACACUGAUGCCAACAGGUCCCAGAGAGAGAGGGGUGCCCAGCAGCCCGUCAGAUUGGACAGUGGUCCCUGCCCACAGAUUGGGAGAGGAGUGACCUCAUCAAGAGGACCAGAACCCCCGCCAAAGAGAGAGCUGUCCAAUCAGUCCAAGUUCGAGGAGAUCCGGAAGGCCAAUCAGGCGAAGGCCCAGAGGCUUGCCGACAGCCAGUUCUCUUCCUCGGAUGAAGACGACGAAGAGGGGGACGAAGAGCAGAAUGGAAAGCGCGUGAAGAUUGUAGCCUCCACGUUCACCUCCUACACCCAUCAGACAGGCGGAGACGCGACGGACUUGGAGCGCACCCGGCAGUACCUGAACGAGGCCUUUCAGUCCGGCGCCAUCACCUGUCUCAUCUGCAUCGCCUCAGUGAAGAGGAAUCAGGCGGUGUGGAGCUGCUCGGGAUGCUACUGCAUCUUCCACAUCUCCUGCAUUCAGAAGUGGGCCAAGGACAGCGUAUUCCUCGUUUCCUCGGUAACGGACGAAGACUUCGGGACGAAGGAGCACCCGUGGCCAUGCCCAAAGUGCCGCUGUGAGUACAAGCCUCAGCAGACGCCCAGGCGCUACUACUGCUACUGCGAGAAGGUGCAGGACCCGCCCUUCGACCCCUGGCUGCUGCCUCACUCCUGCGGCCAGGUGUGCGACCGGGAGUACAAGCCGGCCUGCGGCCACAGGUGCCUGCUGCUCUGUCACCCAGGCCCUUGCCCGCCCUGCCCUAAGAUGGUGUCCGUCACGUGUCUGUGUAGGAAGGCCACGCCGGUGCCACGGCGAUGCAGUGCCAAGGCCUGGUCGUGCCAGCAGCGCUGUGGCAGAGUGCUCCCCUGCGGGCAGCACCCUUGCCAGGACUCCUGCCAUGCAGGUGACUGUGAUCCGUGCCCCAGGAUCAGUAUUCAGCGCUGUGUCUGUGGCGGGGAGGUGUCUGAGAGACUGUGUGCCAGUCCUGUCUGGCACUGCCAACAGGUGUGUGGGAGACCCCUAGCGUGUGGAAACCACACCUGUGAGCAGGUGUGCCACUCCGGACGCUGUGGGGAGUGUCCUCGCUCCGGAAACCGGGCCUGCCCCUGUGGGAAAUACAAGUGCUCGCUGCCCUGCACGGAGGAAGUGCCGACGUGCGGCGACACCUGCGACAGAGACCUGGACUGCGGGCUCCACACCUGUUCCAUGCGCUGCCACCGGGGGGCGUGCGAGACCUGCAGACAGGAGGUGGAGAAGCAGUGCCGCUGCGGGAGGUACACCAGGCGCAUGCCGUGCCACAGGGAGUACCUCUGCGAGUCCAAGUGCGCCAAGACCCGCGGCUGCCAGCGCCACCAGUGCAAGAGGAAGUGCUGCCCCGGGAACUGCCCCCCAUGUGACCUCAACUGCGGACGAACCCUGGGCUGCAGGAACCACAAGUGCCCGUCUGUCUGUCACCAGGGCAGCUGCUACCCGUGCCCGGAGACGGUGGAGGUGAAGUGCCAGUGCGGCUCCACGGCCUUGAUGGUGCCGUGCGGGCGAGAGAGGAGCACCAAGCCCCCCCGCUGCAAGGAGCUGUGCAGGACGCCGCCCACGUGUCACCACCCCGUCCGCGAGGGGCACCGCUGCCACCCCGGGGCCUGCCCGCCCUGCCGCCUGCCCUGCCGGCGCGCCCUGGGCGCCUGCGGGCACGCCUGCCCCGCCCCCUGCCACGACGAGGUCAUGGUGAAGACGGCCGACAGGGCCCAGCUCGCGGGUCCGUGGGAGCAGCCGUCAGAGCCGGCCUUCGUCUGCAAAGCCCUUCCCUGCCCCCCCUGCCUGGUGCCCAUACCCACGGCCUGUCUUGGGAAACACGAGGUGUCCCCUGUCCCGUGUCACGCUCGUGGGCCCUUCUCCUGCGGCAGGCCGUGCGGGCGGCUCCUGGCCUGCGGGAACCACGCCUGCAGCCGGCAGUGCCACAGAGUCACCCCGCCCGACGGGACGGGCGACCCGCAGCAGGCGGGGAAGGAGUGCCCGCGGUGUGAGGAGGGCUGCGUUCACCCCCGCCCCUCGGGAUGCCCGCACCCGUGCCCCCUGCCCUGCCACCCUGCGGCCUGCCCGCCCUGCACCCAGAUGGUCCGGCUCAAAUGCCACUGCAAAAUCACCACCCUGUUCAUCGAGUGCCUGAAGUUGACCACGACUGAUGAAGACUCAAGGAGACUCCUGGGCUCCUGUAAUAACCAGUGUCCCAAGCAGCUCACCUGUGGCCACCGUUGCCGGGAGAUAUGUCACCCAGGUGACUGUGUGGAGACCUGCAACCAGAAGGUCAAGCUGAAAUGCCCGUGCAAGCGUAUUAAAAAGGAGUACCCGUGCUCGAAGGUGCGCCAGGACCAGCCGUCGGUCGCGUGCGACGAGGUGUGCAGAGAGCUGCAGAAAAAGGCGUUGGAGAUAAAAGAAGCUGAAGAAAAGGCCUUGCUUGAGGAAGAGCGGAAGAAGCAGCAAGCGGAGCUGGAGGCCUUUGAGAAGAGGCAGAAGGGCCGUCGUAAGAAAGGCCGCCGAACCGCGGAGGUGGAGGCUGAGGAGAGCGCCUGGCAGAAGUACAAGAAGUUCCUCAUGGUGCCAGUGUGUGGCGCUCUUCUGGCCGUGGCCACGUUCUAUCUACUUCAGACCAGCUAAACAUCACUUCCUGCUUCCUGUCCCGCGCCACCCUCGGACGCGUGCUCCUUAGAGUCGCCGUCCUGGGAGGCCUCGGGGUACCCGGCUGGAUGAAACGUAUCGUAUCGUGCUAUUGUGUUAGAUCCAGGGUCUCCAUUAGGGUACUGUAGCAUAUGCAAUAAGCCCCUCUGGAUGCAUCAGGCUGGAAAACCAACAUAGCGAGCGCUGAUGAUGUCAAGUGCAUCUUUAAAAACCAAUCUGUGUGAUCAUUUUAAUGACUAUGAGGAGAGAGACGAAACGAUGUUCUGGAUAAACUCCUUUUUUGUUAUUUCUGAUAUUCAUUCAUUAUGUUUAUUUGAUUGUAAAGAGUACUUCCACCUUGUCAAGUAGAAGUUAUCUGAAUAGAUAACAUGAAACUAAGAAAUUAGUUAGGUGACAUGGUAUUAUAUUUCUUAUAGAUACAGACAAAAUUAUUAUUAUUAUUAUUAUUUAUUUGGCUCUGUACUCCAUAAUUUUAGAUUUGUAAUGAAGCGAUAGACAUGUGAUUAAGGUGCACAUUCUCAGCUUUUAUUUAAGAGUAUUUUAUACACUUCACGUAAUUUCACCCUGUAGAAAUUACAGCCCUUUUCAUAAAUGGUCCCCCUAUUUCAGGGCAUCAGCAUGUUUGGGACAUAUUAAUGCUUUAUAAAUGAAAGUAUUUUUAGUACUUUGUCACAUUUCCUGCAGUUUUCCUGAGUCUUCUGGGGGCAGUAGGCACUAACACAUCCAUGCCUGCCCUCCUGAAGAGUGUUUCUGAUCUGUUGGAUGGGUGUUCACUGUGGGUGAGCAUUCUUCGGUUAUCAGCUGUAGAGGUCUUCCUUAGCCUGCCAGGCCCUUUGCGAUUACUGAGCUUAUCAGUGCUCUUUUUAAUUCUUAACUAUUUUCCUAGCGGUUGAUUUUGGUAAGCCUAAGGUUUGGCCAAUGUCUCUUGACUUUUUUUCUUUUUCUCUCAGCCUUAUAAUGACUUCCUUGACUUUCAUGCCUUGGCACAACCCUGAUCCAAAUGUUGACAAACACCAGUAACAGACUCCAAAAGCAAUCGCAAGCCUAAAAUCAAGAUUGAAUACUGAACACACUCUUAUGCCUGCAAUAAGGAAGUAAUUGAACACAAUACUAAUCAGGAACACCUGUGAAGUCUUUUUUUUUUUGGUGCCCUGAUAGGCCCUGUAAUUUCUACAUGGUGAAACCAAAAUGUAUUAAAUAUGUGCUUUAAUUACAUAUCUAAAUUUGUGGAGUACUAGGCCAAAUCAAGAAAAAACAUUGUAAUGCUGAGCUGACCUUAUGAAGAAUAUCCAUUAUAUUGAGUUUACAUUAAUUGUUUUGUGAGUAGAUUUACUGACUUAAACCUUGAUUGAAUUGAAUUACUUUUUUUCUUUCUCUAAGCACACACAGUGUUGUUAUAUUGUACCUACCCCCUUGAGUGCUGAUCUAUGAAAUGUGGAGUGUUUUAAUUAAGACCAUGUACUCGCAACCCAGCUGACUAAUUUUCACUUUAAUGAAUUACUCGGAAGUUCUGCAUCUCCACUUGGCAUACCUGGAGACAGUUUGUGAACUUGGCAGCAUUUCAUAAAAUCUUUCACUGCCAUCAACUUUUCAGUUUGAGUGACAUGUGUCAGUCUGCUUGAUAUGGGAGCAUAAUGAUAUUUUAUUCCCUGUAAUUGUUUGGUAAAAUUGUUUAAAAUUUUUACUUUUUUUUUGCAGCUUAUCCAUUGGAGCUGUUAUCAUUUUUUUGUAAAAACGGAGAGAGAGGAACACUGACUGAAAUGUUGGCUGUUUAGAAAUGUAUCUUAUCUCUGGGGGUUAAUAAAACAAGUCUAAGCCUGA